AAAGAAAAUGCGUAUAUAAAUUUUACAUGGUUUUGAUCAUGAACAUUUAAGGUUUAAACCAUUGGUUUGUUAAUUAACGUACUAUGCCUCAGGAGAUAAAGGUGAAAGUUAGCAUGCAUUCUCAAAAAUGCAGGAAGGAGGUAAUGAAGACUGUCACUAAAUUAUCUGGUGUUGAUGAGGUAUCGGUGGAUUUACAGAAGGAGAUGUUAGUUGUGAUUGGGGAUGUUGACCCUGUUUGCGUCGCAUCUAGCUUGAGAAAGAAACGGAAGGUUGCUAAUAUUGUAAGUGUUGGACCAUACAAAAAGAAGGGGAAGGAAGUCAAUAAACCAGCUGUUGGAUUUCCAAUGAUGUAUUGUAACACUCCUUGUACUUAUGAUGGAUAUGGACAUUUUGUAUAUGGGUAUCCGCCAACCCGUGAUGCUGGAGGUUGCAACAUUCAGUAGAUAAUCAGAUGUAUAUGGUUUAUGUAUUAAAAGCUUUUUAUUAUACACUUUGGAGGUCAAAUCAUAA